CACACACCCGCCAGCCCGGACGGGAGGACACACACCCGCCAGCCCGGACAGGAGGACACACACCCUCCAGCCCGGACAGGAGGACAGACACACACCAGCCCGGACAGGAGGACAGACACACACCAGCCCGGACAGGAGGACAGACACACACCAGCCCGGACGGGAGGACACACACCCUCCAGCCCGGACGGGAGGACAGACACCCGCCAGCCCGGACAGGAGGACAGACACCCGCCAGCCCGGACAGGAGGACACACACCCGCCAGCCCGGACAGGAGGACACACACCCGCCAGCCCGGACAGGAGGACAGACACACACCAGCCCGGACAGGAGGACAGACACCCGCCAGCCCGGACAGGAGGACACACACCCGCCAGCCCGGACGGGAGGACACACACCCGCCAGCCCGGGAGAGCAGCCCCUCGGGGACAUCAGACCUCUGCAGACAAUGGUCAGGACAGCCCAGGCCACCAGGACAGAAUCAAUCAACAUUCUAGGAGAAUAACUACUGUUGCUGUGAAAAGGCUGAUGGCAUUGAGUCCUCCUGGUUCUUUAGUAGGUCUGUGAUUCCUCCUGUCAGCAAAGCCAACUCACACAAGGAGUUCACAAUGUCCAGCAACAUUUCUGAAUGUCAUCUCUAUGAAGAAAUGGAACCUUUUACCUAUUUUUACUACUUGAUUUUUCUUAUGGGAAUGAUUGGAAGCUGUUUUGCACUGUGGGCAUUCACACAGAAGGACCAGAAACAGAAGUGCAUGAGCAUCUACCUAAUCAACCUCCUCACUGCAGAUUUCCUGCUGACUUUGACACUGCCAGUGAAGAUUAUUGUUGACCUAGGAAUUGCGUCCUGGAGCCUGAGAAUAUUCCACUGCCAAGUCACAGCCUGCUUCAUCUACCUGAACAUGUACCUAUCAAUCAUAUUUCUGGGAUUUGUGAGCGUGGAUCGCUGCCUCCAGCUGACACACAGCUCCAGGAUCUCCCGCAUGCAGGAGCCCGGCUUUGCCAAGACCCUGUCGGCAGUGGUGUGGGCCAUGGUUCUGCUGAUAACCGUGCCCAACAUGGCUAUUCCCAUACGGCACCUCGAGGAGCGACCGGGCCUCGGGUGCAUCGACUUCAAAACAAAAUUUGGGAGAGACUGGCACGUCUUCACCAACUUCGUCUGCACGGCAAUUUUCCUGAACUCCUCGGCGGCGAUUCUGAUCUCCAACUGCCUCCUGGUGAGGCAGCUGUGCCGGCACGGGCGCGGGGAGCGCGGCGGGCGCGUGCGGAAGGCGCUGGCACACCUGCUGCUGGUGACGGCCGCCUACCUGCUGUGCUUCGUGCCCUACCACGCCGUGCGCAUCCCCUACACGCUGAGCCAGGGCAGCCCCGGCGCCAGCUGCCCCCUCCGCCGGGCCCUCUUCAAGGCCAAGGAGGCCACCCUGCUCUUCGCCGUCUCAAACCUCUGCCUUGACCCCCUGCUCUACUACCACCUGUCCAAAUCCUUCCGGCUGAAAUUCACAGAGACCUUUGCAGCCCCAAGGAGACAAAGGCGCUCACGGCCGUGGAGACAGCGCAGCAGCCAAGGGCAGCCCUGCAGCCCAGCCCGUGACACAGCAGCACAGCCAAGGGGAGAGCUGCAGCCCUGCCUGUGACACAGCAGCACAGCC